GUAACAACAAUGUAAAGAUAAAGGAAAACUACUGCAAAAUGCUGCAAAAUGCUGAAAAUUGCUGAAACUUUCUUGCAACAACUGUUUUUACGUACACUUAUAUGCCCCUGCUGUGCCUACGCGGCACAUAGGCAGUUACGGCCAGGCGUCCCCUCCCCCACCCUCUGCAGCAAAACCGUUUUGAAGUAUGAAAAGCUCUCUAAAAUGGGAGAAGCGUUUUUUUGCGCCUUUGCUGUGUAGAAGGUGUUACAUGAGCAAUAGCGAAAUAAGUAAAUUUAAAAUCAGAAAAAGUAGCCGUGAGGAUGGCCCAAAAGAAAUGAAGAAGCCCAGUAAGGUGGGGAACGCGGGGAGGGGGAAACACACCUGUAGCGAUUUAACAACCCCAUUCGAAAUAUACAAAUGGUCGCACAUUCUGAACACGAAAAAUGAGAGGUUAAUAGAUGACGUGAUAAGGCAAGUGGAAGGAAAAAAGAAAAAAAGUAUAGCGGAAAAAAGAGCGGGAAAAGGAGCAGAAAAGUGUAGCCCGCAUAGGAAUACCACGAUCAGUACAAGCAAAAAGGACACUCUGAAUAUGCACCGUAGCGAUAGCAUAGGCAGCUCGCUGGACUUACACAGAGCUGCCCAUCGCUACCACAUCGUAAUAAAUGACAAGGAAAAUGACAUGUAUGUGGAAAACGAAAUAAGCACCUUUUUUUCCAACAUGAUGAAUACCCUGGAAGACCGCUUGCAUAACAACCCAUCAGCGAUGAGGUUGCUAAAAAGGGCAAAGCAAAACGAGUCGCACAUAUUUUACUACCUCUAUAAUAAUUUCAAAAUUGCACGUGUGUUACCAUAUAAAUGUUUUUGGCACUAUGAAUAUGCUGAGGAUAUUUUCCCCGCAGAUCAUUCGCCAAAUGAGGAAGGACAGGAUAAUGAGUACUUGUUCAAAAAUAUAGAUUUAAAUAAACUAGACUUAUUGCUCAGGGGGGAAGAGGACAUGCUAAGUGGCGCGCCAAAAAAAAGGAGCACCAAGUUAGAGGGCAAAUAUGAUGGGGAUAGAAGGGACAAUCCGGAUGAACAGCAGGGGGGUGGUAAUCACAAAUUUGAAUUUGCCCGUCGGGAAGAAGGGGCUUUACGUAAGAGCGAAACGUACCACGCGGCAGGACAGAGUUAUACCUGGAUUGGCCGAAUUGCGAAAGAAACGCCAAGUGGCCGCACGGCGGUUAGCAGCGAUGUUACCAGCGAUGUGCGCACACAAAGGGGCUACCAUUUUUUGACAACCCCGUUGGGGAACAAACCUCCAGAUAAUCCCCCCUGGAUGAACCCCAAAAGGUUUCUCUCCACCGUCGACACGUCGAAUAAUGCAAGCGCUUUACACGAAAGGGGAUCCCCAAUUUUCCACGGUGCUGAAAAAUUAGAAGAUAUUGACAUUGCGAGCCAAGGUGAUGGCAUAAAAGGGGGGAACUGGGGCAGCACCGUCGAAAGGGAAAAUUUGAGCACCCCCAAAAGGGACAUUUUGAAGGGAGGCGCGGGCCAUACUAACACAUGCACUGCCGCAAAGGCGAAGAAAGAUAAACGUGUACAUAUGGAGGGGGAAGAGCAAAAUGAUGAGGGAAAGGUAAGUCUCGGGAACAUGGUGGAUGAGCAGGACUUCAAUUACGACAUUGACGUUUUAAAUAACAAAAUAAUACGCGUGGAUAAAUCCGAAAGGACAAAUUUCAAAAUCAGCAAAGUGCCCGUGUCGCCCCUCAGCAGGGCCACCGUGUUUGGAAAGGUCCUGUUGGACAUUGCGAGGAAUAGCAGCGUGGAGUACAUUAAGAGUAGGUUGGCCAACGGGUUUGGAGGAGGAACCGAUGCAAAUAGUGGUAGGGGCGGCACAAUUGUGAGCGAGAAGAACGCGGAAAUUCUGGCAAACGGGCUGAGCAAAAUGAGAGGAGUAGUCCUAAAGUUGGGCCAAAUGAUCAGCUUGCAAGACGAGCAUCUGUCACCCAUUUUGGGGAAGGCCCUAAAACUGGUGUGCAAUUCAGCGGAUGUAAUGCCCAUGAGCCAAUUAAAAAGUGUUCUAAAAAAAGAGUUGGGGGAGGACUAUGAAAAGAAAUUCGACUCGUUUGAUUAUGUCCCUUUUGCAAGUGCAUCCAUAGGACAAGUCCAUAAGGCAAAAAUAAAUAAUAGAAACGUGGCAGUGAAAAUUCAGUACCCAGGGGUGUACGAGUCCAUCGAUAGUGACAUGAAAAAUCUGCUACUCAUUAAUCAGUAUACCAAUUUGAUACUAAAAAAUUUAUAUAUUGAAAAUGUGUGUAGAGAAAUUAAGAAGGAAUUAAAAUGUGAAUGUGAUUAUAUUAACGAAGCAAAAUAUUAUGUCCUUUUUAAAAAUAUUUUUCAAAAUAGCAAAUAUUUUUACGUCCCUUCUGUGUACACUGAGUAUGUGACGAAACACGUGUUGGUAACAUCCUACGUGGAAGGCAUAACCCUAGAUGAAGUCGCAGAGAGGUUCCCACAAGCCAUUCGAGAUUCCAUAGGCCAAAGAAUUCUUUACCUCUGUUUACACGAAUUAUUUGUCUUUAAAAUUAUGAACACGGAUCCUAAUUUGGGAAAUUUUUUAUACGACCAAGAAAGGGACAAGUUAUGCUUAAUCGAUUUUGGGGCCACCAGAUUUUACAAAAAUGAAUUUGUUGAUAACUAUUUAAGGCUUGUGAAAGCAUCCGUGGAGGAAGACCAAUCAAAAAUUUAUCACUAUUCCUAUGAGCUUAAUUUUUUUGUAGGUAAAGAAAUUGAAGAAAUGAAAAAUUCGCACAUCAAAUCGGUGAUCCUUGUGGGGGAACCCUUCAAAUCUCCAGUGUACGAUUUUGCCAAUAAUGAUAUUGCCAAGCAGAUAUAUAAGCUGUUGCCCAAAAUUAUUUACAAUAGGUUGGUACCCCCCCGGUCUGAAAUUUACACGCUGCAUAGAAAGUUAUCCGGCUCCUUCUUAAUUUGCAUGAAGCUGAAGGCGAAGGUGAAGGCCGCGCAUAUCUUUAACUCCAUUUAUGACAAUUAUAAGUUCACGACGGAGGAUACCUAUUUGCGGGGUAGACUGAGGACCUGGUAG